CGACAUCACAAUGUUGAAACUCUCGAUUGCCCGCUGGCUUUGGGUUUGAACAUCUCCGCUCCAUGGUUACCGGCGGCAGCUCUGGCAGCUUCCACGAAACAUCAUGGAAAUGCGACCUCUGACGACACCUCCAAACACCCACGACCGUCUGCGAUGAGCUGUCUCAUAUGCAACUCUGCUCACUCCCGCCAGCCGUUCCUCUGCCCGACAUGCGCCCGCAAUCACCUCUAUCAGCUACGGCUCGAGAAUACCCAGGUCUUGUUGGAGAGGGAGAGUCUAGGACGUCAAAUAGAGAUCGCUGUCUCCCAUGAGGCUUCUCGGAAUUCACAGAAGCGAGCUAGCGAGGGGCGUUCUACAGACGAUAAAUGCUCCCCAUGCUGGGCCCUCCAGACAAUAUCCAGUCGCCAGGCUGCCUCCUCCUCCAGGAGAGAGGAUCUCAGCCGGCAGAUUGAGAAGCUGAAAGAGGACAUCGAGACUAAAAGGGCAGACGUCUCCGAGCGUGGGGCGAGCUUGUCUCGUAGGCGUUCUGAUACCGAAUCCGCUCUGUAUCAGCUGGGCGAGCGGGAGGCUACCAUCUUGACGGGCGUUCAGAAUACAACCAAGAGGACGGAGCAUUUGUGGCACACUCUUCAUAGCAAGACUGCAGAAGCCCGUAUCUUCCUCUGUCGGGAGGCGGCCCAUCUAUAUGGUCUACGACAGAAAACCUCGCGGAAAGGUGAUUGUCGGCAUAGCUAUGUGCUUGGCGGCAUAGCGAUCGUCGACCUGAAGGACAUGAACAGUGCUACUCCGGCGCAAAUAUCCACCUCACUCUCCAACAUCGCCCACCUCCUAGUCCUUGUCUCGCACUACCUCUCCCUUAGACUCCCUGCGGAAAUCACCCUUCCUCACCGAAACCACCCUACUGCCACCAUAUACUCCUUCGCCGCAUCAUAUAAUUCACGAGAUUCCUUUGAUGGGUCCGACACCAGCCAUCCUUCGACAUCUAGUCCAACGGCAUCCAGAACGGAUCCACGCACCCAGCCACGACCCAGACCGCUUUUCAUUGACAAACCUCUACCCCGCCUGGCCAAAGAGGAUCCCGGGACUUAUGCACUCUUCUUGGAGGGUGCUUCACUCCUCGCCUGGGAUGUGGCCUGGCUGUGCAGAACCCAGGGGAUCAACUUGGCGUCAGACUCGUGGGAGGAUGUCUGUAACAUCGGCAAGGGCAUGUGGCAGCUGCUGGUAGCCCCGCCUGCCCAAACAUCCACCUUGAUGCGAGCAUUUGCCGGUCGAGACACCCAGGCGAAGAUGAAAACCACAAAAGACUCCCCUCAAACGACGAUCCAACGCACUAAAUCAUUUCCGAUGCUUGGUCAUUAUUCCCACGGCACGGUUCACUCUUUCCUCGCAGCCUCCGAAGGUGUUGACUUCAUGCGUACUUGGAAGCUGCCGACGCCGACAAAGAUUGCGGAUAAGCUCAAGGCCAAUCUUGUUGGGGAAAUGGCAAGUGCAGAAUGGGAAGUUCUGGAAGAGAAGGAAUGGUUCGAUGGGAAUGCGGAAACGGAUCAGCCAUUGGACCCCAAGAACCCGCCGGGCUCGUCACCUAAUACACAUGCCGAAUCGGCUGAGCAGGGCGCAGAAGGUCAGCAAGCCUCUGUGCAGACGACGAAUGAUGGUCGUCGACCGAAAGGAACAAGUGGAUGGACGAAACUGAAUAGUAGAUAGACAUCAUGCUGAGAGUACAGCAUCUGAUUUUCAUAGUGCUAAUUAAAAACUAGAGUAACCCAAUUCUGACC